AGAAGUAGACUCAUGAAGACUUACUUUAAUAGGAUCCUCUGUCCCUGCCACUUUACUUUUGCUUUAAGAUUCCUCCGCAGCCCAGAAACACAAACACAGGAAGGAAGACACUUCAAGAGUUGUUGUUAUUGUGGUUGAGUUAGAUCGUUAAUGAAAAUGGAGCAAGGCAUGCAGCUGAUUGAUGGAAAUGGCAAGUUCAACGUGGAUGGACUCAAAGACUUCAUGACAGCCACCGAGUUCGCUCAGUCCGGUCUCUCCUAUGCUAUUGUUGCCAUCAUUGGCUCACAGAGUAGCGGGAAAAGCACCCUAAUGAAUCAGACCUUCCAUACCAAUUUCGAGGAGAUGGAUGCAUACAAUGGAAGAGGUCAAACAACCAAGGGCAUUUGGAUUGCAAAGUGUAGUGAUAUUGACCCUUUUACGAUUGCCAUGGAUUUCGAGGGAACGGACUGUUAAUUAUUGGAGACAAGCAAGCCCCACCAUGUGCAAGUGGGAUUACCUAAUCUCCCACUUAGCACAUGGUGGAGGACUCCCCCUCACUCCCAUUAAUUGUAUAUUAAUGUGCCCCCUUGUGAAGUGUUUGUAAGUGUAUCGAGAGAACACAGAGAAGAAGAACCGACGAGUUGCAGAGAGUGAAAACACAGAGAGAAGAGAGAACAGAGAAGUGUAGAGAGAGCUUGAGUGUAGAGUUGAGUUGAGAAGAUUCUCCUCCUCCUUUGUUUGUAUUGUUUGUAAGCUUCAUUAAUACAAACCAGUAGCUCCGUGGAGUAGGCAAGUUGCCGAACCACGUAAA